AUGUUAGAAAACGUAAAACAAAUAAUAUUAGUGCUAUCAGGUAAAGGCGGAGUUGGAAAAUCAACAGUUAGCACACAGUUAGCCCUGACACUUAAAGAAAGAGGUUUUAAGGUUGGGUUACUUGAUAUUGACUUAUGUGGGCCAAGUGUUCCAUAUUUGUUGAAUUUAGAAGGCCAAAGUAUUCAUCAAGGUCCAGAAGGUUGGGUUCCUGUGUACUUAGAUGAAGAACAAAAACUAGGUGUUAUGUCUAUUGGGUUCCUUUUAAAGUCUCGGGACGAUGCCGUUGUUUGGAGAGGACCGAAAAAAACAUCAAUGAUUAAACAAUUUUUAGAGGAUGUUUAUUGGCAAGAUUUAGAUUUUCUUGUCAUAGAUACACCACCAGGCACAUCUGAUGAACAUAUAACAGUGAUGGAGAAUUUACGACAAGUUCCACAAUGCUCAGCUAUAUUGGUAACAACACCACAGCAAGUUGCCAUAGAAGAUGUCCGCAAAGAGAUCACAUUCUGUCGAAAAACUGGUAUUCCCAUUAUGGGAAUUCUUGAAAAUAUGAGUGGGUAUGAAUGUCCAACAUGCAGUGAAUGUACUAAUAUAUUUUCAAGUGGUGGUGGAAAAUCAUUAGCAGAAAUAUCUAAAAUACCAUUUUUAGGGACUAUUCCGAUUGAUCCUAGAGUUGGUGCAUUAGCUGGUAAAGGGGUUGCUGCAGUCAAAGAAUUACCCGAGAGCAAUACUAGUAAAGUGUUCAACGCUUUAGUUAGUAAUUUAACUCUCGCAGCAAGCAAUGGAUCA